AUGGAGUUGCGCUCCAUAAUAGAUGCUGCGCCCACGUCUGCGCGAUAUCAAUUCAUUCGUACCAAAUUGAUAGAAAUUUUCACUGAGAGCCAGCAACGCCGCCUACAACGUGUAUUGCGCGACAUGCCAUUGGGCGACCGCCGCCCGAGCGACCUGUUUAACGAAAUGAAGCGCGCUGCUGGUUCCGCUCUAAGCGAAAGCAUUUUGCAUGAUUUGUGGGUUAAUCGCUUGCCCCCAUAUGCGCAAGCAGCAAUUAUAGCAACCAACGUACCUAUUGUCGACAAAUUAAAAAUCGCCGACUCAAUAGUGGAGACGAUGCAAAUGCGUGAAGUUCGUAUCCACGAGGUAUCCGCAUCGAAUCAUACCACAGACAACGACCUGAGGACCGAAAUAGCAGAACUGAAACAGCGUUUUGAUAGAGUUACGAGCAGCGAGAAAACACGUGCGCGUUCCAGAUCGAAAACACCAGUGCGCCCUCAUAACAUCAAUUCAGGCGAAAUGUGCUGGUAUCACGCCAAGUUUGGACCAAACGCUAAGAAGUGUCGCCAACCUUGUAAGUUCGCUCAAUCUACAUCGCCAAAUGGCAAACAAUAG